AUGCGAGAGUCGUCGUCUUCUUCGUUCGAUCCUUACUCUUGGAGGAAUUUCUAUUUCCACGUUGAUCGAGAAGAAGCAACACGACUAUUAUGUCAACCCGAUACUGAUCUCGGCACAUUCCUUAUCCGAGAUUCUACAACUCCCGGAAGCUAUGCCUUAAGUGUCAGAGAAGAACUGUUCGGUGAUCAGCAGGUUCGACAUUACCUCAUUGAGCCCAUUGAAGCGGAUAAUGGCAAGACAAAUGUGAAAAUAGCUGAUCAGUACUUUGUUGACAUUCCUGCUUUACUUAAUCAUUUCAAAAUGAGGAUUUUGGCAAAUGUAAGUUUGGUAUGUCCACUCCGAAAAGCCGCAAUCAAUAAAAUGAUUGCUUUGUACUCAUUUGAAGGACAAGAACCAACAGAUCUCUCAUUUGAAAAAAAUGAAAUUCUUGAUAUAAUAGAGAAACCACAGGAAGAGUGGUGGGAAGCUCGUAAUGCUUUGGGUAAUGUUGGCCUUGUGCCUGGAAAUUACUUGGCACAAUUUGAUGAAGUUCUAAUGCAGAGAGACAGUCCCGAUUCUUCUGUAUCGUCAGAAAAUCGUUUAAGCGGUGCAUCUGUUCUUAGUGAUACUAAUGAUGAUAUGUUGAGUAAUGCACAACUUUCUGAAACGACACAUAUGCCAACACUGGCACGUGUAAUUCUAGAUAGACGGCCGAAUGUAUACGAUACGGAAGCACUACGCCUGAAGAAGGGUGAUUUGCUAAAAGUGACCAAGGUACAUCCGUCUGGUAUUUGCGAAGGAAUCUUGAACGGCAAGAGAGGUACUUUCCCGUUUACAUAUGUGGAAUUUGUACAUGACGCAGAUACAGCAGCAACACCUACCCCCGUAUAG